GCAACCGUCGAGCCCGCGGCGCUGCGGCGGGAGAGAUGCUACCCCGGCGCCCGCGCGAUCCCCUGCAGGCGGUGCGGCGCCGCAGUCAGGAGCUGAAGCUACAGGUAUGUUGGGGCGCACGGCGAGGGGCUGGGCCUGAGAAAGGGCCGGCUGUGCUGCGGGCGAGAGGUGGGGCGCCUUCCUCUCCGUGACCCCAGGCCUCCCAAGAAACCACGUCCAACCUGCCCUUCUCCCGGGUUGGAAGUCUCCGCUCCCCCAGCCCCGACCCUCGCGCCAAGUCCGGAUUCCAACCCAACCCCCAGCCACUGACGAAACGGCCCGAAAAUCGUGACGCCCACUGAUGUCCUCCUCCCUCCGAGCUCAGCCUCCGCCCCACCUCGACAGCUCCCCUCACCUCGCAGCCGAGCUCUGCAGCGGCUGCCGGCUGCCGCUUCCCGCCACCAGGCGAUGCCUGUUACUCUCGGCAGAAUUCAGGCCUGAGUAGGCUCAGGGUGUGAGAACACUGCGAUCUGACAAACUGAACCAAGGACGGGAACGAGAGAGAAAACACAAGUAACUGUGAGCGCGAGAGAACGUUAAUUUCCAAAGAUAACCCAGUAAUCGCAAAGGAAAUGAGCUACCACAAACGUAUAAAAAUCACAGGACUCAGCCCUGGAGCCGAGGACUAAACAGAUGCUUAACAUUGGCGACCCGUGUGUAAGGGACAGCAUUACUGGAAAUCGGCUUGACAGAAUGAAGAGCCAUUCACGCUCUUCGGCUGGGUAGUUGAUAGGAUUAUUUCCAGAAGAUGAAAAAUAUUCCCAAAAGAUGAGGAGUAUAAAUCAAAAGAGGCCUUUAUUCUGGGAACACGGAGAGAGAGGACUGGCACGCUGGCUGCUGAAAUCUGGUUGAUACUUUACUUUCUGAAAGCCAGUUGAAAGCAACUCUAGAGCCCAGUAAAAGGCAAGAUGUUUACCAAAGAUGUAUUCAGUUAAAACAGGCAAUUGAUGAAAAUAAAACCACUCUUCAAAAAUUAAAGAAGGCCGAUGAAGCAGCCCCUGUGGGGAACUAUGAUCAGAGGAAGGCGGAGGAGCAGAGCCUCCUGGAGAAGCUCACCCAGCAGCUACAGGAACUCGCCAUGGCCAUAAGUAAAGAAAAUAUGACCAGGACUGGUGCCCAUACCGAAAGGGAGGAAGAUGCUGAUUCUACUGAAGAUGAACAGGACGAGGACGAGAACGAGGAGGAGGAUGGUGAUGAUGAUGGUGAUGAUGGUGGUGAUGGUGAUGAUGAUGAUAAAGGAGAAGAAGACAGUGAAGAAAGUGAUGGGGAGGAAGAAGAGUCAGAAGAGGAGGAAGAGCAGCAGGGAGAGGAAUCUCUCAAACAAGCAGCAAAUGAAGAAUACAUUGCCCUUGGUGACUUUACUGCCCAGCAAGCUAGGGAUCUUACAUUUAAAGUUGAUACUUUACUUUCGGAAAGCCAGUUGAAAGCAACUCUAGAGCCCAGUAAAAGGCAAGAUGUUUACCAAAGAUGUAUUCAGUUAAAACAGGCAAUUGAUGAAAAUAAAACCACUCUUCAAAAAUUAAAGAAGGCCGACGAAGCAGCCCCUGUGGGGAACUAUGAUCAGAGGAAGGCGGAGGAGCAGAGCCUCCUGGAGAAGCUCACCCAGCAGCUACAGGAACUCGCCAUGGCCAUAAGUAAAGAAAAUAUGACCAGGACUGGUGCCCAUACCAAAAGGGAGGAAGAUGCUGAUUCUACUGAAGAUGAACAGGACGAGGACGAGGACGAGGAGGAGGAUGGUGAUGAUGAUGGUGAUGAUGAUGGUGAUGAUGGUGGUGAUGGUGAUGAUGAUGAUAGAGGAGAAGAAGACAGUGAAGAAAGUGAUGGGGAGGAAGAAGAGUCAGAAGAGGAGGAAGAGCAGCAGGGAGAGGAAUCUCUCAAACAAGCAGCAAAUGAAGAAUACAUUGCCCUUGGUGACUUUACUGCCCAGCAAGCUGGGGAUCUUACAUUUAAAAAAGGGGAAAUUCUCCUUAUAAUUGAAAAAAAGCCUGACGGUUGGUGGAUAGCAAAGAAUGCUGAAGGAAAUGAAGGGCUUAUUCCCAGAACCUACUUAGAGCUCUGUAAUAAAGAAAAAGAAGAGCAGGAACCAAGUGACCAGGACAGCGAGGAGGCUGUGGACGUGGAGGAUGAAACUGCAGAUGGAGCUGAAGCUAAGCCACGAACCGAUUCCCACUGGAGUGCGGUUCGCAAAGCCAUCUCAGAGCAGAUAAACACCGUGGACGUGCUCGCCACCAUGGGGGCCAUUCCUGCGGGCUUCCGGCCCUCCACGCUGGCCCAGCUGCUGGAGGAAGGGAAUCGAUUUCGAGCAAGUUCCUUCUUACAGCCAGAGCUCACGGCAUCACAACUGGCCUUCAGAGACCUAGUGUGGGACGCCAAGUCGGGCACUAUCAGGCCGAGACCCAGCCGCGUCUCGCUGGUGCUCACCCUGUGGAGCUGUAAGAUGAUCCCGCACCCUGGAGCCAGCGUCCAAGUCCUCAGCAGACACGUGCGCCUCUGUGCCUUCGAUGGCAGCAAGGUCCUGAGCAACAUUCAUACUGUCCGAGCCACGUGGCAACCUAAAAAGCCCAAAACAUGGGCAUUUUCUCCCCAGGUCACUGGCAUCUUGCCCUGCUUGCUCAGUGGGGACUGUUUCAUCAGGUCCAAUUCUUCAUCUCCCGACCUCGGAAUCCUGUUUGAACUUGGAAUUUCCUAUAUCCGCAACUCUACCGGUGACCAAGGAGAGUUAAGCUGUGGCUGGGCGUUUCUGAAGCUGUUUGAUGCCAGCGGCGCUCCUAUUCCGGCCAGAACUUACGAGCUCUUCCUGAACGGCGGGACCCCCUAUGAGAAAGGCGUGGAAGUGGACCCUUCCGUGUCCAGGAGAGCACACAGCAGUGUUUUCCAUCAGAUGCUGACCAUGCGAAGGCAGCCUCAACUUCUGGUGAAACUGAGGUCUCUGAACCAAAGAUCGAGAAACAUCCUGAGCUUCCUGCCGGAAACCUUGGUUGGAAGUAUGUGCUGCUCCCACCUGCUGGUAUUUUAUCGGCAGAUUCUUGGAGAUGCACUGCUGAAAGACAGGACGAACUCACAGAACGCUGAUCUCAUCAGUCACCCAAUGCUGGCCUCCUUCCCCCAGCUCCUGGAGCAGCCUGAAGUGAUGGACGCGCUAAGGAGUUCAUGGGCUGAGAAAGAAAGCACACUGAAAAGAUCAGAGAAGAGGGACAGAGAGCUCCUGAAGGCCAGCUUCCUCCUGGUCUACCACGACCGUGUGCUCCCGCUGCUGCACUCCACGCUGCUGCCCCCCUUCCGGUGGGCCGAAGAGGAGACCGAGGCUGCGCGGUGGAAAAUCAUCGCUGACUUCCUCAAGCAAACCCAGGAGAACCAGGGUGCCCUGCAGGCCCUGCUGUCCAAGGACGGAGUCCAUGAGCCUUUCGACCUCUCGGAGCAGGCCUACGACUUCCUGGGUGCGGGCAGGAGGAGUGAUCCACGGGGAGGCCUCUCACCAAGUGGCAGAACCCAGAGUGACCCAUUCUGACUGGGACCUGCUCUUUUUCUGUACAGAUGGUAUUUUUAAAGAUAUAUUUAUCUAAUAAUAUGAAUGCUUUUAAAAAAUAAAAUCAAUUUUAUAAGGAA